UUUCGCAACGCGGUCUGUCCCCAAGGUCGCAAGAUGCUCAUCCUCUGACCGGUCAUUCAUUGGUCGUGCGAAGCUCGAACGAACGUGUGGUUUCAGGCAGUUCAUACAAUGAGGGUGUUUGUGUUUUUGGCGUGUAUCUGCGCCGUGGCUUAUGGCCAAAUUCUCACUGACGAUUCAUUAAAUGCUAAUCAGGAUGAUGAGUUCAGUAUUGAAGAUAUAGCCGAUGCGAUGGAAAACAAUGAUUUUAGUAGUGCAAAGCUUCAAGAAGCAGGUGAUGUGGGCGCUGCAAACCAGGAUAAUGUCGCUGAACUACAAGAAAGCGCUGAUGUCGGUGACGCAAGUCAAGAUACUGCGAAUUUGAGAGAGUCGAGUGACAUUGGGGAGGCAAGUCAAGAUACUGCGAAUUUGAGAGAGUCGAGUGACAUUGGGGAGGCAAGUCAAGAUACUGCGAAUUUGAGAGAGUCGAGUGACAUUGGGGAGGCAAGUCAAGAUACUGCGAAUUUGAGAGAGUCGAGUGACAUUGGGGAGGCAAGUCAAGAUACUGCGAAUUUGAGAGAGUCAAGCGACAUCGGAGAUGCUAGUCAAGCUUCUGCAAACUUAAGAGAGUCAAGUGACAUCGGAGAUGCUAGUCAAGAUUCUGCAAACUUAAGAGAGUCAAGCGACGUCGGUAUCGAAGAUGGUUCCAAUUCCGGUGAUGUUGCUGAAGGAAGACAAAUAUCCGACAAAGGUGACGUGAAUGGUGGGGCACCAGCUGAUCAAUACGAGGAGCAAUCUGCGCCAAUAUCUUUAAGCAGCAAAACUUGUAUUGAGAAAAACGAACGUUACUCCAUUCCUGGAAGCUGUGAUAGGUACAUUGAAUGCUUGAAUGGCACCGCAGAGGAAAAGACGUGUCCAGAUGGUCUUCGUUACAACCCAAAUGUGAAAUUCAAUGUUUACCCUUGCCAAUACCCCAUUGACGUGCCGUGUCUUGGACGAUCAGCCCUUCAACCAGCACAACCCACAGAUGAAUGUCCACACCAAUUUGGAUACUUCAAAAUUGGAGAUAGGAGUAACUGUGGAAAAUUUAAAAACUGCGUGAACGGAGUCGCCUACGAAUUCAAUUGCCCUGAGGGUCUUGCCUUCAGCUCUGAUACUUACCGCUGUGAAUGGCCUGAUCUAGUUUCCGAUUGUGAUGCUGAAGCUUUCCUUGGAUUCCGUUGUCCUGAGGUCCCCAUUUCCAAGGAACUUGGACCACCUGCUGGAUUCAGAUUUUAUAGAUCCCAAGAAGAUUGUCAAAAAUACUUCAUAUGUAUCGACGGUAGGCCUCGUCGCCUCGCUUGCGGUGGAUAUACCGCUUUUGAUGAUCUCAGCGAAUCUUGCGUUGCGGCCGACGAAGUUUCCUCAUGCCCUCUUGAAUUAAGGAACCGCGCGGAAACUUCCAGAAAAGCUGAGACACAACGACAAUCCGCUCAAAACAAAUUCGCGAAACUUCGUCUUGGAGAUUUUACUACAGUUAAUCCGAACUAUGACGAUGACCGUAAAGAAGAGUUACAGGAACAAGAAUAUAAUUAUGAAAGCGAACCAAAACAAGAGAUUGAGAAUGUAACAGAACAAUAGCAGGAAAUACCUCAAUAAAAUAUUUUUCUAACUCAACUCGUGUAGUUUCUUUGUAAAUAAACUUCUUAAGUUACUGUACAGCACAGCUCUAAGUAUUACAAUAUUGUUAAGUGUGUUACUAUGUUACUAAUGUCUGUACAGCAGUCAAACAUAAUCUAAUGACUUUUAUAAUUAUUAAAACAUUCCAAUAAAA